GCAUUUACCGAACUUCAGUGUCUCUGGUGAACCACGGCAUGCCAUGGGAGCAGGAUCGCCCAGUGGCCCCAGAGCCUGUUGUGGCCCUCGCUCGUCAAAUGCCUGUUGCCGCAAUGAAUUCCUUGAGAUAUUUUUGGCCAAAUUGGAAGAAGGCAAUCAAGAGUUCGACUCUGCCUUCCUGUACAAAUUGCAGGCAAAAACUGGAGCCGAUGCACAAGAUGCAAGGUACAGUCUUCUCUACCAACGAACGGAGCUCGCCCUGGAGGCACCAAAUGAACAUGGUAUUCGCGCUGUCGUGCCACAGAAGGUGAGACGUUUACUUCGGCUAGAUUGGUCCCAGGACGGCCUGUCUUUUGAUGAGAUCGAUGCCCGUCUUCCUGAGACACUCCUAGUCCAGUCCAAGGUAUUCGAGCGACCCCUCCGACCAGCAGAGCUUUUGCAACACUUGGCUGAGGUUCAGAACAAGGUCUUCGACUUCGAUAAUUGGACCUCCUAUGAUUUCUGCCGCUACUUCAUGACUCAGGCUAGAAGACAAUCAGGAUUCAUUGCAAGGGAAGGAAACAUCUGCUCCUUAUCAGGCCUCUGGAAAAACAUACACCUAUAGACAUUGAAAUCAAAUUAUUCAAAA